AUGGGACUGAACUCGACCUGGGAUGACAGCACGCGGGCAAACGAGUAUUCCCUGCCGCUGGACCAACCAUGGAACUAUUCUACUCAGAACCCAAUUCGCGGAGUGAACAUUGGAGGCUGGCUGUCGAUUGAACCCUGGAUCACGCCAUCAUUGUUUGAUAUUUAUUCAGCAAACCUUGGCAUCGUCGACGAAUAUACCUUGACGAAUCAUCUCGGACCCGGCAAGGCCGCGCAACUGAUCGAGCAACACUAUUCGACCUUUGUGACUGAACAGACAUUCGCCGAUAUUCAGGCCGCUGGACUCGACCAUGUCCGUAUUCCUUUUCCUUACUGGGCGGUUUGCACGUACCCCGGAGACCCCUAUGUCCCUCAAAUCGCAUGGCGUUAUCUCCUUCGAGGCAUUGAGUGGGCCAGAAAACACGGCUUGAGAGUGAACUUGGACCUCCAUGCCUUACCGGGCAGUCAAAACGGAUGGAACCACAGCGGCCGACAAGGAGUCGUUGCAUGGCUCAAUGGGACCGACGGCGACCUCAACGGCCAACGUUCGCUCGACGUCCAUAACCAGCUCUCGACCUUCUUCGCGCAGGAUCGGUACAAGAAUAUAGUUGCCGUCUAUGGACUCUGUAACGAGCCAAAGAUGAUGAUGCUCGAUACGGACCGCGUCGUCAACUGGACCCAAAACGCCAUUUCCUUGAUACGAAAGAAUAACAUGAAUGCGUAUAUUGCGUUUGGCGAUGGUUUCCUCGGUCUCGCUCAUUGGCAAGGCAAGCUCCAAGGAAUCGACAAGUUGAUUCUGGAUGCCCACCAAUACGUCAUUUUCAACGUUGCUCAAAUCUCGCUCAACCAUCAGACCAAGAUUGAAUUUGCAUGUUCCGGUUGGACUGCCCAGACGGAACAAAGCAUGGAUCGAUCUACGGGAUUCGGCCCCACCAUCAACGGCGAAUGGUCCCAAGCCGACACGGACUGCGCCAAAUACCUCAACAACGUCAACGUUGGCUCCCGCUGGCAAGGCACCAUGAACAUGAACGACCCCUCCCUCAACGUCCUGUCCCCCAUGUGUCCCCCCAACAGCGGCACCUGCGAGUGCGCCGACGCCAAUGCCGACCCCACCACCUUCUCGACCGUCUACAAGCAGUGGCUCAAGAUGUUUGCCGAGGCCCAAAUGGCCAGUUUCGAAAAAGGCUGGGGCUGGUUCUACUGGACCUGGCAGACCGAAACCUCGCCGCAGUGGUCGUGGAAAGCCGGUCUCGCGGCAGGCAUCCUCCCGCAAAAGGCCUAUGCGCCGGAUUUUAAUUGCAGUCAGGACAUUCCGGAUUUUGCAGGCCUCGGUUUGCCGGAGAAUUAUUAA